AUGGGUUUGGACGGUGUAGAGCAGGCUCAGGCAGUCACAGUCAGCCUUCGGGAGCUUAUCGACGGCUCUGUUUCCUUCGAGACGCUCACUGAGGCUUUCGGUCCAUCUUCGCUGGGGAUCAUCGUUGUAAAGGAUCUGGAUCCAAAGUUCCAGGCACUCCGGUCCCAGGUGCUUUCGAACGCUUCGUAUCUGGCAGCGCUGUCUGACGACGAACUAGAAUCUCUCUCAUCCCCCCAGGCAAAAUACCUAGUCGGCUGGUCCUGCGGAAAAGAAACAUUACGAUCCGGACACUUCGACACUCUCAAGGGCUCGUACUAUGUGAAUUGCGCCUUCUACCAGGAUCCAAAGCUGCAAGGUGCUCCCGCGGAUGGAUUCCCGGGUUUCUCAGAGUACACGGCGCCAAAUGUCUGGCCAUCAACAGAGCGUCUCCCGACCUUCCGGAAGGGUCUGGAAGAACUCUGCACUCUGAUCAUCGACACCGCGGCUCUGGUUGCAAGAGCAUGCGAUCGAUACGCACUGGCGAAUAUCGACGGCUACAAGGAAGGAUACCUGGAGCACGUCGUGAAGACUAGCCUAACCACUAAGGCUCGAUUGCUUCAUUACUUCCCUGCAAUAGACAACAACACACAAAAGCAAGAACAGGAACAGGAUAAGGAGACGGGGAAGGACGAUGAAGACGACGACUGGUGCGCAACCCACCUCGACCACGGCUGCCUCACAGGCCUUACAUCAGCAAUGUUCAUCGACGAAGCCAUAACGCCUCCCAAUGCCUCCCUCGAAAAAGGAACAACACACCUCCCCCUCCCUGAACUGCCCCAAUCUCCCGACCCAGCAGCUGGCCUCUACAUUCGCUCUCGAACCGGCCAAAUCGUCAAGGUCAACAUCCCCAAGGACUGUCUUGCAUUCCAGACCGGGGAAGCGCUCCAGCUCAUCACGCGAGGCAAGUUCCGCGCUGUUCCGCAUUUCGUGAAGGGUGCUAAGACGACGAGUUCCGCGAGAAUUGCGCGGAAUACACUAGCUGUUUUUACGCAGCCGAAUUUGGGGGAGGAGGUGGAGAUGGGAAAGUCCUUUGCGGAUUUUGCGAGGGAGGUUGUGGGGAGGACUUAUUAA